CCGGCCCGAAACUGGCGCUCCCGAGAAUCAUGGUCAAUGGUUUUACUCACUCUCAACGGCGGCGUCUGCCAAUGUGCGCGCGGCCGGUUACCUCAGUGCCAAGGACCGACGGUAUCAUUAAACUUUGAUAAACUUUGCAGUCUGCGACCCGCCAAACGCGGGGGGCUGCCGAAAUAAAUCUGUGACGAGGGCUAAAGCGCACCACUAGCAUAUCUAGGCGUGCGAAAUUCAAAUGUUUCUCCCCCUAAACCCUUCCUGGGGACCCCACCCCAUGACCGCGGGUGGCUCCGCCGGUACGAACGCAUAUGGGGGGGCAUAAAGGGGGCCUCACACCGGGUGAAAAAAGCCCGGAAAGGCCCCCAAGGAUGAGGCCCGACAACGACUGGACUGUAAGUGCUCUGGACGUGCACCCCGCGAAGCGAGAGGAAUCGCACGCAAUGUAGCAGGUACCAGGUGACAGCAACACACCUCGAAGUCAAGGGAAGCGUGCUACCACACCUGAAUCUACCAGGGAACCCGCCUGCUCUAAAAGAGAUAGAUGCUUGAUGCACUCUUUCGGAGGAAUGGUCACGGCCCAAUGGUCGUCUUCCCCCAGCAAGCCACCGACUUCAUAAUUGGCAUUGCCAAUGCUCCUGGCAAAGACAUUGAGGUAAUCGAGGCCCUGCCGAGUGCGACCGUUUACCACCUUCAAAUCGACCUUGCCGAACCGUGUCCACGCCAUACUGUUAUGUUUGUUAUCCGACUUCGCGGCAAACUCAAGCUUGUCGCUUUGGUUUGUCCAAGUGCCAUAUAUUCCCACUGUCCGGAAAUAUAAAUCUGAGCACGCGUCACCCAUGCGCCUGGCGUCGGCCUCCACGCGUAGUAAUGUCUCCUUCGGACCACCCCAUCGCGGUAUCUGCAAAAGCACGUGUACGCCCGUGCGGUAGAUGUCAAAAUGCUCACCGUACAUGUUGGUGAGGUGGGGGUCUCCCACGCCAGAGACCCCUUGCGCUCCUGGUCUCGGUAAUGGUGUUUGUGUCGUCGAGGGUGUCGCCGAGGGUGUCAAUAAGGUUGUCGUUGCUGCCGUCGUCCAGGGUGUCAACGAGGCCGUCGAUGCUGGUGUCGUCGAGGGUGCCGGCGGGGUCGUCGAUGCUGGUGUCGUCGACGUUGUCAGUGACGUUGUCGGCGAGGGUGUCGGCGAGGAUGUCGGCAAGGUGGUCGAUGCUGGUGUCGUCGAGGUUGUCAAUGAUGUUGUCGGCGAGGGUGUCGGCGAGGAUGUUCGCGAGGUCGUCGAUGCUGGUGCCGUCGAGAUUGUCAAUGAAGUUGUCGGCGAGGAUGUCGGCGAGGGUGUCGGCGAGGUUGUCGAUACUAGCGUCGUCGAGGGAAUGAACGGCGUUGUCGAUGCUGGCGUCGUCGAGGGUGCCGGCGAGGUCGUCGAUGCUGGUGUCGUUGAGGUUGUCAGUGACGUUGUCGGCGAGGGUGUCGGCGAGGUGGUCGAUGCUGGCGUCGUCGAGGGUGUCGACGAGGUUGUCGAUGCUGGUGUCGUCGCGGGUGUCGACGAGGGUGUUAGCGAAGUUGCCGGUGCUGGCAUCGCCGAGGGUGCCAGCGAGGUCGUCGAUGCUGGUGUCGUCGAUGUUGUCAGUGACGUUGUCGGCGAGGGUGUCGGCGAGGGUGUCGGCGAGGUGGUCGAUGCUGGUGUCGAGGGUGUCGACGAGGUUGUCGAGGCUGGUGUCGUCGAGGGUGUCGCCGAGGGUGUCAGCGAAGUUGUCGGUGCUGGUGCCGCCGAGGGUGUAAACGAGGUUGUCGAUGCUGGCGUCGUCGAGGGUGCCGGCGAGGUCGUCGAUGCUGGUGUCGUCGACGGUGUCGACGAGGUUGUCGAUGCUGGUGUCGUCGAGGGUGUCGCCGAGGGUGUCAGCGAAGUUGUCGGUGCUGGUGUCGCCGAGGGUGUCAACGAGGUUGUCGAUGCUGGCGUCGUCGAGGGUGCCAGCGAGGUCGUCGAUGCUGGUGUCGUCGAGGGUGUCGGCGAGGUUGUCAGUGAUGGUGCCGGCGAGGGUGUCAACGAGGUUGUCGGUGCUGGUGUCGUCGAGGGUGUCGCCGAGGGUGUCAGCGAAGUUGUCGGUGCUGGUGUCGCCGAGGGUGUCAACGAGGUUGUCGAUGCUGGCGUCGUCCAGGGUGUCAACGAGGUCGUCGAUGCUGGUGUCGGCGAGGCUGCCGGCGAGGGUGCCAGCGGGGGUGCCUCAGCCACCAAGUUGACACUUGCAGGACUCUGGGGAAUCUCUGUGACCCAACCAGUCCGGCUUGUGGCCGUCAGGAGAUCCCAUCUCUGUGAAGCAGUCAUGGACCCAGCCGAUGGGUACGCCUCGUACAUAAUGGCCGCGAGUCCGGAGACAUGUGAACAGGCCAUGGAGGUACCCGAGCUAGUGCCCAGCGAGGUGUCGCUGAGGUGGGACGUCGAGAGGAUGCUUGAGCCCGGGGCCCAGACGUCGACGCAGCUGCCGUAGUUGCUGAAGGGAGACUUGGCCGGUGACGAUCCCGCAGACCCGCCGUAAGAGGCCACCGUGAUGGCUGAUGGGAUCCAAGCAGGAUUGUACAUAGUCGCAUGCGUCGUCAUUCUGGUUCCCUGCAGCCACCACCACGGUGACGCCAUCUUCGACCAGCGCGCCUUCGAAUCGAAUCCUGCUCCGCUAUGCUACGGCCAACACUCCCGAGACUCAUGCUAACCACCGCUGGCCUGGCACCAGACGACUUCACCCACUGCUGGGCCAUAAUGGACCACUGGACGUAACCGUACCCUUGGUUAUCGAGAACCUUCGUUGCCCAGAUGGUCGCGCCAUCCGCAACGCCAUACGUCGAGGCCCCCACCGUACCCGCGACAUGGGUGCCGUGCCCAUGGCCGUCAGCAGCGCACGUUGUGCUACUUGGCUCGCACACUGUGAGAGUUCCCGUGGUGGCCACGUCCACUCCAGCGAAGGCCCGGCCGCCGAACGAGGCAUGGGUUAUCCGAAUGCCAGUGUCCAGCACGUACACGUUGACCCCCACGCCCCGUCCCCGGCCCACGUCAGCCUUGAUGGACUGGAUGCCCCAUGGGUAUGUCUGCCGCUCCAGUGGACUGUCGUCUACAUAGAUGGGCUCAAUGUGCAUGGUCUCAUACACGUCCUCUUCGGCAAACUUCACAAGAAUGGGGUACUUCUCCAGCAACGCCUUCAGUUCACUGAGUGUCAAACGUACCACCACAAGUGGCAACUCGCCCAGCUCUGGGUUGCUUGUCUGACAAUUUGGGACCUCAUGGCAAAGAAGCUGCAAAUCUUGACCCGUUGCAUUGCUCACCAGCUCGAGAAUCCAAAUCCGGUGUACCUCCACCGCGUGGGGGUAGAUGGGCACUGACGAUUGUGUGGGUGCGCUUCUCCGCUGCACGUCUAUGUUCCCAUGGUUCGUUUGGGGGUAGAUCGGCACGUCAGCAUGCGUGAAGAAUUCCUUAUCCAACUGCACCCUCGACGUUGACGGAGUGCUCCUGUGCAUCUGCACGAGAUCGAAGUCGCCAGCAGGGGCCAGGCCAGACGCACCGUGGGCCCAGACUAUGCUGGCGAUCCACAGGAGAUAUGCGACAUCUGCAAAAAAGGAAUGAGCCACCACAGUACGGUACGAUCGCACGGAGUCUGAAGGCGCGCGCAGAAGUGCUCGAGCCAUCCU